UGCCUCGAUCUCUGUUCUCUGUGCUCCUGCCUGUCUUGUUUGUAUAUCGAUGCGGGCAUCUUCUAACACACUACUACGUCCCUUCCACUCUUUCAACUGUUUGCCUCAUUGCCGCUCCGUCUAUCCACAAUCAGCACACUAUCGCCCCCAGCUGUGCUUCAGAAUGCCACCCAAGCAGCAAGCUACUCUCGGCAACUUCUUCGCAAAGCCCAAUGGCUCGAAACCCGCCCCUCAACAGUCGAAGCUCUCUUUUGCGACAAAGUCAAAGUCGGAUCCAAGGAAGCCUAAAGAUGAAGAACAAGAAGACAUCGAAGAUGGCCCAUCCGACACCAAAGCUGCAGUAAAGGACGAGCAUCCCGAAGACGUGAAGGAAGAGCCCAAGGACAACCCUGCAUCGCCCCAGCCGACCAAAAGCACAAAGAAGAGAGCAGCAGAUGUCAAGGAAGAAGAGGAAGAAGAAGCUGCAGCUUCAGAAGAGGAGCCGCCUACCAAGAGACAACGCAAGAAGCCCACCAAGUCAGCGAGUCCGAAGAAGAAGGCAAAGCAGGAACCUGUUUCAGACACCGAAGAGCCCGUCAAGGAGGAAAAGGCGGCGCCCAAGAAGCCCGCAGCUACGCCACCGACGCCCGCCAAAGUCGAGAAAGAAGAUAUCACAAUGAAGGACGGCUCCGAGACUGACCCUCAAUCCGAGGCAGAAGAGGUCGAGUCAGACGAGGAAGAAAAGCCCGAAGUCGCUGCAAAGGCCCGCGCGAAGGUUCAGAGCACAUUCAAAGCAAACACGAAAGAUCCCUACCCCGACUGGAAGGCUGGCGAUCCGGUGCCUUACGCUGCUCUCUGCACAACCUUCUCCAAGAUUGAGAUGACGACAAAGCGUCUUGAGAUCAUGGCACAUUGCUCUCUCUUCCUCAGACAAGUCCUCCGACUUACCCCUCAAGAUCUACAGCCUACCGUCCUCCUCAUGCUGGGUAAACUUGCUGCAGACUACGCUGGUAUCGAGCUUGGAAUUGGUGAAAGUCUGAUUAUGAAGGCUAUUGGCGAAUCAACAGGUCGUUCACUCAAGAUCAUCAAGGAAGAUCAGCAGAAGAUCGGUGACCUCGGUCUUGUUGCAGCAAAAAGUAAGGGCAGUCAACCCACCAUGUUCAAGCCGAAGUCUUUGACUGUACGCGGUGUGCAUGAACAACUCAUGACCAUCGCCAAGAUCGAGGGCGCUGGUGGCCAAGGUCGCAAGGUUGCUGGAAUCCACAAGCUACUCUCUGCUGCCGACGCAAAUUUGCCGAAGGGCAAGGGUGUCGACAUCGAGGAGGAUAAGGGUGGUCCCAGCGAGGCAAAGUUCAUCGUCCGCACUCUCGAAGGCAAGAUGCGACUCGGUCUCGCCGACAAGACUGUUCUUGUUUCAGUAGCACAAGCAAUGACUUUCCACGAUGUCAUGACCAAGACCAACAAGGUACCAAGUACCGAGCAGCUGGAGAAGGGUGAACGCACUCUGAAAAACGUCUACAACGAGCUCCCCAGCUACGAAGUCAUCAUUCCCGCAUAUCUCGAAAAUGGCGUGUUUGCCUUGCACGAUGCUUGCAAGCUCCAACCUGGUGUCCCACUGAAGCCCAUGUUGGCAAAGCCGACCAAGUCUAUCACUGAAGUUCUCGAUCGCUUCGAGGGCAAGGACUUUACCUGCGAGUACAAGUACGAUGGAGAGAGAGCACAGAUUCACUUUGUUGCUCACGAUGCCGACCUAACCUACGCCACUGCUGCCCCUACUGCUGGCAAUUCUGCCAAGGGUGUCUCCAACAUCUUCUCGAGAAACAGUGAAGACUUGUCCAAGAAGUACCCAGAUAUUCUUGCCAAGCUGCCUACCUGGGUCAAGGAUGGUACCAAGAGUUUUGUCUUGGACUGCGAAACAGUUGCCUGGGAUGUUGAUGAGAAGAAGGUGUUGCCCUUCCAGCAGCUCAUGACAAGAAAGCGCAAAGAUGUCAAGACCGAAGACAUCAAGGUCAAGGUCUGCGUCUUUGCCUUUGAUUUGCUCUUCUUGAACGGCGAGGCUCUAGUCAACCAAUCAUUCCGUGACCGCAGAGCUAAGUUGUACGAAGCAUUCAACGAGGUUGAGGGAGAGUUUGCGUUUGCUCAGUAUGGCAACACCAACGAACUCGAUGCCAUCCAAGUCUUGCUCGAAGACUCUAUUAAAGCUUCCUGCGAAGGUCUGAUGGUGAAGAUGUUGGACGGACCAGAGUCAUACUACGAGCCCUCGCGUCGCUCGCAGAACUGGCUGAAGGUCAAGAAGGACUACCUCGCAGGUGCAGGAGACUCACUGGAUCUAGUCGUCCUCGGUGCCUACUACGGCAGAGGAAAGCGCACAAAUGUCUACGGCGCCUUCCUACUCGCCUGCUACAACAACUCCUCCCAACAAUACGAAUCUGUCUGCAACAUCGGCACCGGCUUCUCGGAAGCCCUCCUCGAAUCCCUACAUGAAACCCUCUCACCCCUGGUUAUCGACCGCCCCAAGCCCUUCUACAGCCACUCGUCGGGCAACAAAGACCAACCCGACGUCUGGUUCGAACCACGUCUAGUGUGGGAAGUCAAGACCGCCGACUUGACACUCUCACCUCGCUACAAGGCUGCUGCUGAUGCGCUGAAUGAUCCCAGCGGCAAGGGAGUCAGUCUACGCUUCCCGAGAUAUAUUCGCGAUCGUGAGGACAAGAAGCCGGAUGAUGCUACUACGGCCAGACAGGUUGCUGAAAUGUACAAGAAGCAGGAGUCUGUGGGCAAGAACAAGGGUCCUUCUGUUGAUGAUGACUUUGAGUACUGAGUGGGUAGGAGAUGUAUGCAUUAUGGCGUUGUUAUUUGGUAGAGGGUAAUUGCUUUGUUCUGAAUUGGAUGGGAUGGGAUGGGUUGGGAAGGAGAGUAUUGUGAAUACUUCAUGGUUCGAUUGCUGUUUCUUUCUCUUUCCUUCUGUAUUAUCAGUUCUUGAAAGGAGAGGAGGUUGAGCUAGGUCAGAAGUUUGAACGAAUGAAUGCAACAGUGUUGAUGGUAUUUCUAUUCUCCCAACGCCCAUGACUGAUUUUCUCAAGUCGGUGACAGACGUUGAUUCAAUAUGAG